GUGCGCAUGCGCGGGAGGAGGCGGGGGCAGCAUUUCCGGAUACGACAUGUAAUAUGAAGGCUGUUGUCCUGGUGAGGCAUCGGUGAAACACUUCAAUAAACCAAUGAUUCCUAUUUGUCCAGUGGUCUCCUUCACCUAUGUGCCCAGCCGGCUUGGUGAAGAUGCCAAAAUGGCUACCGGCAAUUAUUUCGGAUUUACACAUGGCGCCGCAGCUCAGUACAGCCAGCAGCCAACUGCAGGGGUAGCGUACACUCAUCCUACCACUGUGGCCAGUUACACAGUUCAUCAGGCUCCUGUCGCUGCCCACACUGUGGCAGCAGCCUAUGCUCCGACUGCUGCCGUCGCCGUGGCGAGGCCUGCGCCCGUCGCCGUGGCAGCCGCGACUGCUGCAGCCUAUGGGGGAUACCAGCCAACCCAUGCUACAACUGAUUACGGCUACGCGCAGCGCCAGGCGGAGGUCCCUCCACCGCCUCCACCCGUCACCUCUCAGAACUACCAGGACUCCUACUCUUAUGUUCGCUCCACAGCUCCAGCUGUAGCCUACGACAGUAAGCAGUACUACCCGCAGCCGUCUGUCACCGCGGCCGUCGCUGCUGCACAGCCGCAGCCCAGCGUGGCAGACUCUUACUACCAGACAGCUCCCAAACCGGUAUACAGCCAAGGUGUGACCUCGUACACCCAGAGCCAGCAAAACCGCCAGGUGACCGUCAUAAAGCCCGCCGCUGCCAGUCCAGCUUCAUCCACCUUCUCCAUCUUCCCUGUGACCUCCACCGUCCAGCCGGUGGCGGCCGCAGCCUCGGUCGUUCCCUCUUACUCCCAGAGCCCAACAUACAGCACCAACGCCGUCACAUACUCUGGAACCUCCUACUCGGGCUACGAAGCAGCCGUGUACUCUGCAGCCUCCAGCUACUACCAGCAGCAGCAGCAGCAGAAGCAGGCGGUAGCAGCGGUGGCAGCGACGGCCGCCUGGAGUGGAAACACGUUCAAUAAGAAGCCCACCUUCCAGAACAAGCAGCUCAGACCCAAGCAGCCACCUAAACCCACUCAGAUACACUACUGUGACGUCUGCAAGAUCAGCUGUGCCGGCCCCCAGACCUACAAGGAGCAUCUGGAAGGCCAGAAGCACAAGAAGAAGGAAGCCGCGCUGAAGGUGUCUCAGGGCAGCAGCAGCAGCAGCAGUGGAGGAGGAGCGUUGGCCCGAAACGCUCAGAACCAGCUUCGCUGCGAACUCUGCGACGUUUCCUGCACUGGAGCUGAUGCGUACGCCGCCCACAUCCGAGGAGCCAAGCACCAGAAGGUUGUGAAGCUUCACACCAAACUGGGGAAGCCCAUCCCCUCCACAGAGCCCAGUAUGGUCGCUCAGACUUCCGCCUCCAGCGCGUCUGCUGCUGGUAAGACCACCCUGAGCAGUUCCAGCGCUGCCAGCACGUGUCUGUCCUCCACCUCCAGCUCUGGCGCCCCCUAUCUGAAAGCUGUCGGUACAACCAGCAGCGGUGCGGCUGCUAAUAAAAACCCGGCGAGCGGCGGCCUCUCUGCUGCCGGCUCUGCAUCUGCUGGGAAGAAAAUCGGCGCCCCCAAGAUUAAUUUUGUCGCUGGAAGUAAAUUACAGACCACGUCAAAGAUGGAAGAGACGAGAGAAGAAGGGAAAGGCGAUGUCACUAAGCCCGCCACGCCCUCCUCUGGCUCCCCAGACGCUAAAUCUGAUGCCUGUGACUCUCUGUCGGCCUCGGCGCUCAUCGCCCUGCAGAGUGACGUCCAGCCUGUGGGCCACGACUACGUCGAGGAGGUGAGGAACGAUGAAGGGAAGGUGAUUCGCUUCCACUGCAAGCUGUGUGAAUGUAGCUUCAAUGAUCCCAACGCCAAGGAGAUGCAUCUGAAGGGACGGAGGCACCGCCUGCAGUACAAGAAGAAGGUCAACCCUGAUCUGCAGGUCGAGGUCAAGCCCAGCAUCCGGGCCAGAAAGAUCCAGGAGGAGAAGAUGAGGAAGCAGAUGCAGAAAGAGGAGUACUGGAGAAGAAGGGAGGAGGAGGAGCGCUGGAGGAUGGAGAUGAGGCGCUAUGAAGAGGACAUGUACUGGAGGCGCAUGGAGGAGGAGCAGCUGCACUGGGAUGGCCGCCGUUUGCCAGAUGGCGGGUAUCCACAGGGGCCGCCGGGCCCUCCCGGUCUACUGGGAGUCCGACCCGGUAUGCCAGGUCUACAACCGCAGGGUCCAAUGCCGCCACGUCGUCCGGACUCCUCUGAUGACCGUUAUGUCAUGUCCAAGCACGCCGCCAUCUACCCCUCUGAGGACGAGCUCCAGUCUAUCCAGAAAAUAGUUUCCAUCACGGAGCGGGCCCUCAAGCUGGUCUCUGACAUCAUCACAGAUCAGGAGAACGAAAAGGAAGAGGAUAAAGAGAAGAAGGAAGCGGUGAAAGACAGAGUCCUGAAGGGUGUGAUGAGGGUCGGGGUUCUGGCUAAAGGCCUGCUGCUGCGCGGCGACAAGAACGUCAACCUGGUCCUGCUGUGCUCAGAGAAGCCGACAGAGAGCCUCCUGGCUCGCAUCGUGGAGCUCCUCCCCAAACAGCUAACGCUGGUGACUCCAGACAAGUACGAGGUCAAAGGGUCGGUGGAGGAGGCGGCCAUCAUUCUGACAUCCUGCACCGAGCCGAAGAUGCAAGUGACCAUCACUCUGACCUCGCCUGUCAUCCGAGAGGAAACGGGCCGGGAUGGAGAUGUAACCUCGGGUAUGGUGAAAGACCCAGCGGACGUCUUGGACAGGCAAAAAUGCCUUGACGCUCUGGCUGCUCUGCGCCACGCUAAGUGGUUCCAGGCUAGAGCCAAUGGUCUCCAGUCCUGCGUGAUCAUCAUCCGGAUCCUGAGAGACCUCUGUCAGCGGGUUCCCACCUGGUCGCCGUUCCCUGGAUGGGCGAUGGAGCUGCUGGUUGAGAAGGCCAUAAACAGCGCCGCCGCUCCUCUCAGCCCUGGUGACGCUCUGAGACGCGUCUUUGAAUGCAUUUCUUCUGGGAUUUUACUUCCUGGCGGACCGGGCUUGUUGGAUCCGUGUGAGAAGAGGCCUGUGGACACUCUGGCUGCCAUGGAGGAGCAGCAGAGGGAGGACAUCACUUCAAGUGCUCAGUUCGCUCUGCGGCUCCUGGCCUUCCGUCAGGUCCACAAGGUUUUGGGUAUGGACCCCCUGCCCCAGAUGAACCCUCGCUUCAACAUUCGCAACAGCCGGAAGCGUCGCCACGACAACAGCGAUGGGACAGACAGCUUCGAGGGGGAGGGCAAAAAAGACAAGAAGGAUUUUGAUAAUUAAAGGAAAAACCUGCAUAGAAAAAACCAGCUCCUGAAUGUUGUCGGUCCGUCUCGUGUUUGCUGGUUCCUUUUCCCUCCAAAGCCGCAUAUUUGGGGCCCGACUCUAUCCCAACACAACUGUACAUUUAGCUGUAGAUGAUCCGAACCUCCUGACCCCAAGGAGCCGAGCUGCCCAAGCUUUGAGGACCGCAGCAGUUCUGCUGCUGUUCUGAUCCGAAUGCAUGACCUGAACCGGGUGGCUGGGUGGUGGGGGGGAUCCAUGCUUUCAUUCAUCUGUAUUCUAAUACCCAGAGCUUUGUGUCGUGGCUGUUGUGAAGCAGGAAAGCCGUCCUGACCUUUCUUUGUAAAUGAUAACUGGGCUAAAUGCAGGUGUGGUUCUAAUGCUGCCGUCAUUGUUUCCGAGUUGGACGUCUCUGAAAAGAACCGACCCUGCAGCUCACAGAAGAACCUUUAUUUAUCUCUUUAGCUAGAGGGAUCAUCUACACUUAAAUAUGGAUCGUUCUCUUUUUUGUUUUUCUUUCUUUUUUGGAUAUGUACCUGCGAGUAUUUCAGACCUAUUAAUAGAAAAUAGCUUUAAUUCAGUUUCACUUCUUUCAAAAAGAAAGAAAUAACAUUUCUCAUUGUUAUACUGUUUCAGUUUUUAACGGGGUAUUUGAGUUCGGAGCAGCGCUAUUGGCUUACUGUUGAUUGUGUUAGAAGCUAAAUAAUUUCCAGGCUGCGGAGCAUGAACGGCCAUGGAGGCGCAGAUGAUGUAAAUGCCCUCGUUCAUGGCUUCUUUUGUGAAUGUUUGAUGUACUUUGUUCCUGCAGUAGAAUAAACCCGUUUUAGAUGGCUGAA